AUGCAGAUAGCUACGAAUCAAUUGAACGUCACGAAAAUUCUCUUGUUUUUCUUUCAAUUUGUUUUUGGGCGGCAAUGCCCAGACGGAAGCAUUCAAGAAGACUGUGAUCGAUACAAAUGUGAUACGGGACCUGGCAUUCACCAUGCUCCAACCGAGUACUUCAGCCGGCCUGGGCGAUCAGUUUUCUCUCAUCCAUGCAGAUGUUUGCCUGAUUGGAACGCGAUUUUUUGCAAUCAGACCCAGGCCCUUUUCUCGCUACCUCCGAACUCACAUAUCAAUGUGCCGACCGUUUGCAUAUGCAGAAAGUUCACUGAUUCUAGCAACUGCCAACAGUUUAUCACGAGGUGCUUCAAAAGGAAAAAUGGUUGUGACUGCUGUUUCAAUCAACCCGAUGAGUACUGUAAUCACGUGAAGUGCAGUGAUGGGAAGCCGGAUUUUGAGGGAUCAAAUACGACUUGUGUCUGUCAUUCGAAUCCGGUCGACUACCCGAUGCACAUUUGCGGACUCGGGCAGAAUCAGAUCUCAACCUCGAAAUUCUAUCGACAAUUUGAAGGCUCAAAAUCUUUCUUUUCAAUGAAUGGCUACUCAGUCUCGUCAAAUCUUGCCGUUUUGCUCAUUAUUUCCACUCUGAUUAUCGUUUGUGUGCUCGCCGUCGUUAUGGUCAUCAAUGGCCAAAGAAAACAGAAAAUGGCCAGAGAAAGACGCGAAGAGGCACAGCACGGAGCCAGUGAUACUCUGGAAACGCUUCUACCUCAGAAAAAAUCGAAUAACAAUGAGAACUCGUUUCUUUCG